GCCAUGCAGGAUGCCCAGGGCUCCUGUCCCAGCAGCCUCAGGGAUGCUGCAGGUGGACGGAGGCCAGGCCUGCACCGGGGAGAGAUCGAAUUCGGAGGGUCUGGGAAGAAGCGAGGCAAGUUUGUGAAGGUGCCGAGCGAUGUGGCCCCCUCCGUGCUAUUCGACCUGCUGCUGACAGAGUGGCACCUGCCAGCCCCCAACCUAGUGGUGUCCCUGGUGGGAGAGGAGCGGCCUUUGGCCAUGAAGUCCUGGCUGCGGGAUGUGCUACGCAAGGGGCUGGUGAAGGCAGCUCAAAGCACAGGUGCCUGGAUCCUAACUAGCGCCCUCCGCGUGGGCCUGGCCUGGCAUGUUGGGCAGGCUGUGCGUGACCACUCGCUGGCCAGCACAUCAACCAGGGCCCGCGUGGUUGCCAUUGGCAUUGCCUCUCUUGGCCGCGUUCUGCACCGCCGGCUCCUGGAGGAUGCCCCGGAGGACGCCCCCGUCCAGUACCCUGCGGAGGACGGUGGCAGCCAGGGCCCGCUCUGUCCCCUGGAUAGCAACCUUUCCCACUUUGUGCUGGUGGAGCCCAGCCCUCCCGGGGUGGGGGACGGGCUAAUGGGGCUGCGGCUGCGGCUGGAGGAGCACAUCUCGGAGCAGAGAACAAGCUACGGGGGCACCAGCAGCAUUGAGAUCCCUGUCCUGUGCCUACUGGUCAAUGGUGACCCCAGCACCCUGGAGAGGAUUUCCCAGGCUGUGGAGCAGGCUGCCCCAUGGCUGAUCCUGGCAGGCUCAGGGGGUGUUGCUGAUGUGCUCGCUGCCCUAGUGAGCCAGCCCCACCCACUGGUGCCCCAGGUGGCCGAAAAGCAGUUUAAAGAGAAAUUCCCUAGUGAGCAUUUCUCCUGGGAGGACGUCAUGCACUGGACCCAGCUGCUGCAGAACAUUGCUGCACACCCACAUCUGCUCACUGUGUAUGACUUCGAGCAGGAGGGCUCCGAGGAGCUGGACACUGUCAUCCUUAAGGCACUGGUGAAAGCCUGUAAGAGCCACAGCCAAGAGGCUCAGGACUACCUGGAUGAGCUCAAGCUGGCCGUGGCCUGGGACCGCGUGGACGUCGCCAAGAGCGAGAUCUUCAAUGGGGACGUGGAAUGGAAGUCCUGUGACCUGGAGGAGGUGAUGAUGGAUGCCCUGGUCAGCAACAAGCCUGAGUUUGUGCGUCUCUUCGUGGACAAUGGGGCCAACAUGGCCGACUUCCUGACCUAUGGGCGGCUGCAGCAGCUCUACCGCUCUGUGUCCCCCAAGAGCCUGCUCUUCGACCUGCUGCAGCGCAAGCACGAGGAGGGUCGCCGGACGCUGGCUGGGCUGGGCACGCAGCCAGUCCGGGAGCCUCCCGCCGGGCCACCCGCCUUCUCCCUACACGAGGUCUCCCGUGUGCUCAAGGACUUCUUGCGGGAUGCCUGCCGUGGCCUCUACCAGGACGGCGGGCAAGGGGGCCAGAGCAAGGUGGAGAAGGGGCCAGCUAAACGGCCCACAGGCCAGAAGUGGCUGCUGGACCUCAACCAGAAGAGUGAGAACCCCUGGAGGGACCUGUUCCUGUGGGCAGUGCUCCAGAACCACCACAAGAUGGCCACCUACUUCUGGGCCAUGGGCAAGGAGGGUGUGGCGGCUGCUCUGGCUGCUUGCAAAAUCCUCAAGGAGAUGUCUCACCUGGAGCCGGAGGCUGCAGUGGCCCAGGCCAUGCGUGAAGCCAAGUACGAGCAGCUGGCCCUCGACCUCUUCUCUGAGUGCUACAGCAACAAUGAGGACCGUGCCUUCGCCCUGCUGGUGCGCCGGAACCGCUGCUGGAGCAGGACCACCUGUCUGCACCUGGCCACUGAGGCUGACACCAAGGCCUUCUUUGCCCACGAUGGUGUGCAGGCCUUCCUGACCAAGAUCUGGUGGGGUGACAUGGCCAGGGGCACACCCAUCCUGCGGCUGCUGGGUGCCUUCUUUUGCCCCCCCCUCAUCUACACCAACCUCAUCACCUUCAGUGAGGAGGCCCCUCUGAGGACCGGCCCAGAGGACCUGGAGGAGCUGGACAGCCUGGGCACGGAGAGGAGCCUACUAUGUGGCCCAGGCAGCCGGGUGGAUGAGAUGGUGGAGGCACCAAAGGCUCAGGGUGACCGAGGCCUGCACACGGCCUUCCUACUCACACGCUGGCAGAAGUUUUGGGGUGCUCCUGUGACAGUGUUUCUGGGGAACGUGGUCAUGUACUUUGCCUUCCUCUUCCUGUUCACCUAUGUCCUGCUGGUGGACUUCAGGCCACCGCCCCAGGGGCCAUCAGGGCCUGAGGUCAUACUCUACUUCUGGGUCUUCACACUCGUGCUGGAGGAGAUUCGGCAGGGCUUCUUCACGGACGAGGACACACACCUGCUGAAGAAGUUCACAUUGUACAUGGAGGACAACUGGAAUAAGUGUGACAUGGUGGCCAUCUUCCUGUUCAUCAUUGGUGUCACCUGCAGGAUGCUGCCCUCGGUGUUUGAGGCUGGCCGCUCAGUCCUGGCCAUAGACUUCAUGGUGUUCACACUCCGGCUUAUCCACAUCUUCGCCAUACACAAGCAGCUGGGCCCCAAGAUCAUUAUCGUGGAGCGCAUGAUGAAGGACGUCUUCUUCUUCCUCUUCUUCCUGAGUGUAUGGCUGGUGGCCUAUGGCGUGACCACCCAGGCGCUGCUGCACCCCCACGACAGCCGCCUCGAGUGGGUCUUCCGCCGUGUGCUCUACCGGCCCUACCUGCAGAUCUUCGGGCAGAUACCACUGGAUGAGAUUGACGAGGCCCGUGUGAACUGCUCCACACACCCCCUGUUGCUGGAGCACUCGCCCUCCUGCCCCAACCUCUACGCCAACUGGCUGGUCAUCCUCCUGCUGGUCACCUUCCUGCUGGUCACCAACGUGCUGCUCAUGAACCUGCUCAUUGCCAUGUUCAGCUACACAUUCCAGGUGGUGCAGGGCAAUGCGGACAUGUUCUGGAAGUUCCAGCGCUACCACCUGAUUGUGGAGUAUCAUGAGCGGCCUGCGCUGGCCCCGCCCUUCAUCUUGCUCAGCCACCUGAGCUUGCUGCUUCGUGGGGCCCUCAGGAAGGCGCGGCACAAGCGGGAGCACCUGGAGCGAGACCUGCCAGACCCCCUGGACCAGAGGAUUGUCACCUGGGAGAUGGUUCAGAAGGAAAAUUUCCUGAGCAAGGUGGAGAAGAGGCGGCGGGACAGCGAGGGGGAGGUGCUGCGGAAAACAGCACACAGAGUGGACUUUGUUGCCAAGUAUCUCGGGGGGCUGAGAGAGCAAGAAAAGCGGAUCAAGAGUCUGGAAUUGCAGAUCAACUAUUGCACAGUGCUCCUGUCCUCCGUGGCUGAUACACUGGCCCAGGGCGGCGUCCCUUGGAGCUCACAGAACUGUGCUGGUGGGAGCCAGCAGGGAACUGCUGACCACAGAGGAGGCCCUGGUGGCAGGGAGCACUCCCAGGCUGGCUGGCUGCCUUCAGAUUCCUAA